CGAUUCUAUCGCCUCGAUAAGACAAUAGGUAGCCCUUUCACUGCUCUCGCUCGAGUUCUUGUCUCGAAUGCUUUGAAAAGGCUUGAUUGGGCACCAUCGACUAUGGGAAGGGAUAAUGGUUGCUACUAUCAAGGUAAGGACCUUCAUUUGAGGAAUCAAGCUGGGGAGUAGUGUUGACAAAGAGUUUUAGGUGUUUGAAUCAUGCGGCUCUAAUAACACAAGGAGAUGUCCAUUUGGAUGGAACCAUUUGCAAAACCUUGGAGGAUGUGUAAAGUACAAGAAGUAGAAGAUUUCAAAACUUUUCUUAAAAUCUUCCCCCUUUGGUCAACUAGCAUUUUUCUCGCCAUCCCCAUUGUUUUCCAAGGAAGCUUAAUCAUUCUCUAAGCCCUAACCAUGGACCGUCACCUCGGUCUAAACUUCAAAAUCCCUACAGGGUCUUUCUCUGUCAACGUCUUCAUCUCCACCACCAUCUCACUAACCCUAAUCGAUCGGUUUCUCUACCCUACUUGGCGAAAGUGGAUUGAACGAAUGCCACAACCUCUCGAACGCAUUGGUCUUGGCCAUGUUCUCAAUGUUCUUUCUAUGGUAGUGUCAGCAUUAGUAGAAUUAAAGAGACUAAAGAUUGUUCGUGCUCACCACCUUCAAGACCAAGCUAUGGCAAUAGUGCCAAUAUCAUCCUUGUGGCUUUUCCCACAACUAGUUUUGGUUGGCAUUGGAGAAGCUUUUCAUUUUCUUGGACAAGUUGGAUUAUACUAUCAAGAAUUUUUGAUGUCGUUGCGUUGCAUUGCAACGGCUUUGAUCUCGUUGGUGAUUGACAUUGCAUAUUAUCUUUGCACAACUUUGAUUGAUCUAUUUCAUAGGGUUACAAAAUGGCUACCUGAUGAUAUCAAUCAAGGAAGACUUGAUAAUGUUUACUGGACGAUAUCGGUGAUUGGAGUGAUUAAUUUUGGGUAUUAUCUAGCAUGUGCUAGGUACUACAAGUACCAAAAUGUUGAAAACAAUGUGGAGGAUGAUUCUAUUACUGAAGAUUGAGAGCAAAGAAGCACGAAUAUGAAUAUGAGACACGAAAGUAGUGAUACACCAUAUUUUAUAAAUGUAGGACAUGGCACGGUAAGGACAAUACAUUUAU